UGCACGGCGACUAGAGGCAGAGACUGUACAGCACAGCUUUUUUAUAUUUCGUAUGCGCAUAACGCAUUGAUCUGUGAAGAUGUGGACGGUAAUAGGGAAGCUGCUGCUUUUACACAUGAUACCCGUGAGAUUUCUGCUGGUGAACGGUACUACACCGGACUGUGAAAGCGGUCAGUUUCAGUGCAGGAACGGCAGGUGUAUUCCGACUCCGUGGAGAUGUGACGAUGAUGACGACUGCUCGGACAACAGCGAUGAGGAGAACUGCCCCAAAAAGACAUGCGCCACGACAGACUUUGUGUGUAAGAAUGGGCAGUGUGUACCAGCCCGCUGGAGGUGUGACGGAGAACCUGAGUGUCCAGAUGGGUCGGAUGAAGCAGAAUCAACUUGCAGUCGACAUACGUGUCCACCAGAGAAGUUUGACUGUGGUGGCUCAACAAGCAAGUGUGUGUCGUUGUCAUGGCGCUGUGAUGGAGAAAGGGACUGUGAAAAUGGAGCGGAUGAGGAGCAGUGUGCCGCAGAUGCCAAGGCCUGUCCGGCUAAAGAGUUUCAGUGCCGUAACAGUCUGUGCGUGGCUCCCACCUUCGUCUGCGACGGGGAUGAUGACUGUGGUGAUGGCAGUGAUGAGGAGAAGUGCACAGCGGCCACCGCCAGCACCUGCGGCCCGCACGAGUUCCGCUGCAAUGACUCGGAGUGUAUCCCAGCACCGUGGAGCUGCGACGGAGACCCCGACUGCAGGGACAAGUCGGAUGAGUCUCUGGAGAGGUGUAGUCGCAGGACGGAACCUCAGAAGUCCCACUGCCCUGCGGGAGAGUUCCGCUGCAGGAGUGGAGAGUGCAUUCACCUCAACUGGAAAUGUGAUGGAGAUGCAGACUGCAAAGACAAGUCUGACGAGGCCAACUGUCCUCUGCUGACCUGCCGUCCUGACGAGUUUCAGUGUGGCGAUGGCUCCUGCAUUCAUGGCACUAAACAGUGUAACAAAGUUCACGACUGUCCAGAUUUCAGUGAUGAGGCUGGCUGCAUCAACAAAACCACAAAAUGCGAAGGUCCUCUGAAGUUCCUGUGUAAGAGCGGAGAGUGUAUUGAAAGCAGUAAGGUGUGCAACAGUCUCAAAGACUGCAAGGACUGGUCCGAUGAGCCUGUGAAGGAGUGUGGUCUGAAUGAAUGUGCCAACAACAAUGGUGGCUGUUCUCAUAUGUGUAAGGACCGGCAGAUCGGCUAUGAGUGUGAAUGCCCCUCAGGCUACAAGCUGCUGGACAAGAAGACUUGCGGAGACAUAGAUGAAUGUGAGAACCCUGACGCAUGCAGUCAAAUAUGCAUCAACCUCAAAGGCGACUACAAAUGUGAAUGCUAUGAGGGUUAUGAGAUGGACCCAGUUACCAAGACCUGCAAAGCAGUGGGUAAAAGCCCAUACCUCAUGUUCACUAACCGCCAUGAGAUCCGUCGCAUUGACCUGUUGAAGAAGGACUACACACAGGUAGUGCCGACCUUGAAGAACGCUGUGGCCCUAGAUGUGGAUGUCACCACCAACAAGAUGUACUGGUGUGACCUCUACCAUCGCAAGAUCUACAGUGCAUAUAUCAACAAAGCCAGCAAUUCUUCUCAACAGAUCACACUCAUCGACACUGCACUACAUUCCCCAGAGGGCUUAGCAGUUGACUGGGUCCAUAAGAACAUUUACUGGACCGACUCUGGACACAAGACUAUCUCUGUCGCAGCUGCCGAUGGCAAGAAGAGGAAGGUGUUGAUUGACACAGAGCUCGGCGAACCACGAGCCAUCGCUGUUGACCCGAGACAAGGGUUCAUGUACUGGUCAGACUGGGGAACACAGGCAAAGAUCGAGAAAGCCGGAAUGAACGGGGUGGAUCGACAGGUUCUUGUUUCAGAGAGGAUCGAGUGGCCCAACGGGAUUGCGCUUGACCUGUCUAGCAGACGACUCUACUGGGUAGACUCCAAACUUCAUCUGAUCUCCAGUGUGGACCUAAACGGAGACAACCGCAGGGUCUUGCUCUCCUCAAUGGAUCAUCUGGGUCAUCCCUUUGCCCUCACUCUGUUUGAGGACCGGGUGUAUUGGACAGAUUUGGAAGAUGAGGCCAUCUAUAGUGUUAACCGGCUGACAGGGCAUGAUGUUGCAAUGCUGGCUCAGCAUCUCAACAACCCACUGGAUGUGGUGGUGUUCCACGAGCUCCGGCAGCCUGCAGCUCCAGACACUUGUAACAUGGGAAGUUUGCCCAAUGGAGGCUGUGAGUACCUCUGUCUCAGAGCUCCACAGAUCACAGAUCACUCACCUAAGUACACAUGUGCCUGCCCAGACAGCAUGGAACUAGGCCCAGAUAUGCGCCGAUGUGUGCCAGUCAAACCCAAGACAACAACUGCUGCAGGUACAACAACUACUACAACCCCAGAACCAUCCACUACUACUACACCUACAACCACCGCUUCACCCACAACCACCAGUACAACCUCUAUAACCACACCAACAAAUAUAUCAACAAUAACUACUACAACCAGCCCUGUUCCCAUGACAACCAGCACAAGCACUUCCACUCACUCCAGCACAGGUCGUUCCACCACCACACACUCCACGGCCACCUCCACCACAACAACAACUCAGCCCAGCACUACAGCACCAUGGAAACAGCCAACCUUCAGCCAAACAACAACAGACCACAGACAGACAUCUACAACAGUCACCCACGGCAAGAGUGCACAAGGGGCCAAUGCCAACCUCUCUCAUCGCGCUGGAAGUGGAAAUGACCAUUUCCUCCUCAGUAACAAUAUAACUGUUGCAGUCCUGGGAAUAGUUAUUCCAAUAGUUCCUAUCCUUGCCACAGUGGUCAUCGGCCUGAUGUGUACUGGAGGAUACCUGGUGUGGCGCAACUGGAGGAGGCGGAACACAAAGAGCAUGAACUUCGACAACCCUGUUUACCGCAAGACCACAGAGGAUGACGAUGACGAAAUCCACAUCGGCCGCAGCGAGCAGAUCGGACACGUUUAUCCUGCUCGCGUGGCGCUCAGUCUGGACGAUGACGGAUUCCCCUGAGGGCGAUUCUCGCUCUCUCCUUCUCCAUCCGUCCUUUAGUCCUCCAUCUUUCCUUCCAUCAUUGUGCCCCUCUUGGUCUCCUGAGGAGAUCACACAACCACAGAAAGCCAACAGGACACAAAAGUACUGGCUCUCGGCAGCUGAGAGCUACAAAAUGGGUUUGUCUACUCGUAGUGUCUUCUGCAGCCCAUAAUCUCUCAAUCAGUCUUACUUGGGCAAUAAUCAUUACUAGUGAAAUUAAAAUUACUUACACUAGUAUCAUCCCUGCUCUGUGUGACUAGUAGUUGGUAGUGCUGUUGAAUGAUGACUAACCUCAUAGCUCAUCAUGUCAGUAGUUGCUAACACUAUGGCUCUCCCGCUGUGCUGCAAUUCUUUUAAUUAGAAAUAUUUGUAUUGCUGGUUUAAGAGUUAAGCUGGAUUGAACUGGGCUGUGGUUACAGGAAGAGCUUCUGUAUGGGCAAUGCCACACAGAAAAGCAGUAGGGCAGAAUUCAAAGGAGAAAAUAUUGGGUAAUCCACCCUGCUGGCAUGGGAGAUACAUAGGACAUAUAACUAAAAUAGUGAAAUAGGAUGGAAAGGGGAUGGGGAGGAAUUCAUAUAUGCAGUCAUACACUUAAACUUGCACACACUCCUCAAAAACAGUUAUCAGUUAUGCAAGCUGAAAAAAUAAUUUACCAUAAAAAAAUAAGACUUACAGAAUUCUUAACUGUAUCCUCUAAUAUACUUCCAGAGCCAAGCAUUCUGUUCCUUCAUGUCUUCCAUACACACAUAAAGGAUUAGUUUAUGUAAAAAUGAAAAGGCUGUCAUCAUUUACUCACCUUCAUGGAGUUCCAAACCUGAACGACUUACUUUCUUCCAUGGAAUUGAAAGUGAGUGGUAACAGAGGCUAGCGUUUCCUUUUAUGUUCCAUGAAAGAAAGGAAAGUCUACAUGUUUAGACACAUGAGGCUGAGUAAAUAAUAGGGCUGUGAAUCAAUUAAAAUGUUAUGGAAUUAAUCGCACAGUUUUCUGUGAUUAAUCGCAUUGAUCAUGGUACAUGAUUCAUUACAACAAGCAUUUUAAAAAUGUAAUCAUAAAGAUAUUUACUUUAUACUUUGUCUCAAAGAACUUGCAAGAAAUUGGUAAGUCAUCAUUUAUUUUAAAGGAGUCAUGAAAUGCUAUUUGUUACAAUUUUAUUAUCUUCCCUGAGGUCCACUGAUAAUGUCAUUAGUUUUUUGCACCAAAACUGUCAUAGUUUAGUAAUAAAUUAUUAUUUUCCACCCUGUCUCUGGCCCUCUGACUGAAACGCUCAGUUGUGGCCUCAGCUUGUCCUUUAAACUUCAAUGUAAAUGCCCACUGUUCUGAUUGGCUAACAUCGUGCAUCUCUUCAAAUUCAGCCAUAUAUGAAUCUCAAUCAGAAGAGAAUAAACAAGCUCUCCACAACAUUAUAAAACUAAAUUUCAGGGUUUACACACAAAGCACAUUGAACACAUCGCAUCUGAAUAGCUAACUAUCAAACAGUAAUAACAUAUGAAAUAUUCACAAAUUAAACUGUUUACUCACAGUUUUGCUGUCAAGUCCAAGUGUUUUUAACUGCCCCAUUCUGCCCCAAAGCUUGAAUCGUAUUAUGACUGAUUCACUAGCAGUCCACACUGAUAUUAGCCGCACAUUCACAGUCCAUACCACGGGGAAACAUGACACACACACAUAGGUGCACUGAGGCGCAGAUCGCCAGAAACAUCCAAACGGUCAAAGAAGUCCAGCUAGUGCUUGUUUACAUACACCAACAAUUAAAAAUAGCGCAGAUGGGUGCAAGAUGCAGAGCAGCUGAAUGAAGCUGAACAGAGUCUCCUUUUCUGAGUUGUAACUGACACCACGCCUUUUAAAAGCGGCACAAUAAACAUGACAGUCAAAGACGUCUUUGUAAUGCAUGUUAUAUGCACAAAAACCUUCAAAAUAGUCCAGAUGGGUCCCCUUUUGGUGUUCCGGAAUAGUUGGUCACAUUAGGCCUGUCUCUCUCCCUCUUUGUUUAUGAUAUGAACUGAGUGCCAGUGGGCGCGGCCAAGGGUGCGAUGAAAUGUUGUGGGACGUGUAAAUUCAACUGAGCAAUUUUUCGUGACAUCACGAACACACAGUUUUCAAAACGAGACUUUUCAAAAAGGUGGGAACUAUAAAUGCUCUUUUUAGACUGGGGAGGAAGCUUUGAGUUUACAGUACGUUUUUAUAGUACAGAUACCUCUUAUAUGUCUAAAUUUCACAUACAUGUUAAAAUGUUCCGUUCUUUUUUUUUUUUUUGCAGAAAUUCAUUUAGACACAUUUUUACAGGUAUAAAUUUUUGAUGCAAGUAUAUGUUUACAUGCCAUAAAAUCAGUGGACAUGCUGUAAUUACAAGUUGGGCAAAAUCUUCUAGCAUUUUACAGUGGGCUUUUCUAAUUAUAUUAUCACAUGAUUACAUUCAUAUCAAACUUUAUUGGCAAGAUAAACUUAAGUGUACAUUGCCAAUGCAUUAUAAGACAUUAUACAAUAGGGUUGUCAAAUUAAAAUUCGAAUUUCGAAUAUUCGUCGGAUUUAAGAAAAAAAAAUGCACAUUCGUAUGCUAAACUGUGAAUUUGAAUUUUGGAUUUGUGCCAAGCACUGACAAUGACUUCAGAUCGAUCGCAUUCUUGCGUUAAAAAAGGCUAGACACAGCGCAACAAAAUACAGUUUAACAGAAUGCAGGUGUCUCAAUAUGUUUUUAAAUUUCUUUUUAAUUAGACACCGCAUCUAAAAAACAGCACUCCUGCACGAGAGGCUGAAUAAGCAAAAACAAAGUGAAACAAAGAUGUUCGUCUAGUGCGCGUUUACAUAGAUAAACAAAUGGAUGUUUGCAAAAGUGUUCGGUGUGAACAGCCCCUUACAGUUGGUGGAGGUACUUGGCUGUUGCAUCUUGCUUUUUUAAUAAGCAAUGUUUCUCAGAUUAAGCAAUGAGUUUUUUAAAUGCUUUGUUAGGAAAGGAGUUCAACUUGGAAAUGUGUGUCUCGAGAUUCUUGCGUUCUGUUCCAGUCUGUUGUGUUCCAUCUGUUUGAACAGCCCCUUGCCUGGGCUCAUAGUCUGAGCCGCUUCACCAACGAGUUCAGCUGAAUACCACUGCUAUCUGUGAAUAUUUCUACUCUACAUACAACUGUACUGAAUAAAAACAAUGUGGUAUUUCGCUGUUAUUAUGAAGUUUGAGUCAAGGGUAGUAUACUGUAAACUUUUUAUUUAUUUAUUUUAUGCACAUUAGUUGAAAAUGGAAUGUUCUUUUUUUAACAGCCAGGAAUGUUAUUUGCAGUAAUAUAAUGGUGCUGUAUGGUUUAUGUAUUUAAUGUGCUCUCUUGUGGAAUAAGGAAGCAACAUCAGUUUUAAAAAAUCAGCUGACUGAAUUUGAAAAUAUUUAAGGUAAAAAUUCAAACUUAGUUUAUCUGCCCAGUUGACAGCCCUACUAUAUAUACAUAUAUAAUGAUACAGCAGCAGCUUUCCCACGCCUGCUUCACCACUUGCGGGUGAAGUCUCUAUUCUCCAUACAGUAAAUCCGCUCCCGCAUUUAUUUUCCCUGGGAUAUGCGUUGCGUGUAAUAUAAGUAUGCACUGCUCCUACAAUGUGCAGUCGAGUAAAGCAUGUACCUCCUGAAAAUUUAUUAAUGCCAAAUUCAGCCACAGGGACUGUAGUAAAAAAAUAAAUAAAUAAAUAAAUAAAAACAUUUAAAUGGAUACUGCAUUAAUUGCGUUUUUUUUUUUUUUUUUUACGCAUUAAGCAAAAACUGUUUAUCACAGAAAUUAACUCGUUAAAUUUGCCAGCCCUAGUAAAUAAUGACAGAAUUUUCAUUUUUGGGUGAACUAUCCCUUUAGGUCAGACUGCUCUUAAAGAUCUGCAUUUGUAUUUUGAGAUUAAGGGUUUCACCUGCUAAUUUUGAGAGACAAUACAGUAUAUAUUUCCACAUUUCUUUAUUUCACCAGCACUGGGUCUUCCAUGUUUAUUAAGUUUCUCAGUUCCUAGGCACUUUUGAGCCAAAAAAUGGACCAACUAUGAUCUUCCUGCCCAGGCACAUAUCUGUCCAAAAAAUUUAGCUCAGGGCAUCAGUUUCAGUACUAGUACAAUCUGUGUGGUUGUGUUAUUACAAAUACACUAAUAGAUAGGAAGUCAGGGUUGAUAAAGGCUAAAAAGCUGUUUGUUCAUAUCUAGAGUCUAAAUCUCUUGUUUGCACACAAAGAUGAGUCCUCUCCUCCUCUAUACUUGUCAUGCCUCGGGUAAAAGCAUUUAGCAUAGUGACGACAAGGCACUGCCUGCCAUAUUGCAUGUCUUAAUGGUGUGAUAGAUUACAGUCAUAGAUCAAAGCUUUGCUCCUCUAAACAGUCAUCUGUUAAACGCAUUCACAGCCACAGGAAAUGAGGAGUGCCUAAAUAUAUAGGCUUCCUGUACAUAGCCAAGUAAAUCAAACUCUCUCCACAAGAUGAAUGACGGCUCAGUUAUUUUUGUAGCACUGUCACAGGGACAAGCUGGCUGACUGAUUGGACAGCUGUAAAAAACAGGUUUUGGUCAACCUGUAUAUCCCUGCUGAAAAUGAUCUUAAACCAGCUUUAGUUGGUAUGCUGGUUUUAGUUGGCCACAAAGCUGGUUUGUCUAGUCUGUUUGGUGGUUUUAGAGAGGUUUUGGGUACUUACCAGUAGGUUCAAGUGAGAGACCAGCUAAACACCAGCUUGGCCAGGCUGGGAGACCAGUGAAGCCAGAUUAAACCAGUCAAGACCAGCAAAUUUAGACAAACUUUAUCACACAAAGGAUGAUACAUUGGACAAAUUAAAUCUAAUCUCUCCUGGAACAGUGCUCCAGCUUGCUGGGUAUAAAAAAAAAAAAUACUGGUUAAGCUGAUCUGUUUGUUUGGUUUUACACAGGUUUUGGGCACUUUGGCCCAGAUUAAAGCAGAGAUUAAAAUUUGCCAUGUGGCAGUGUUUGUGGAGUUAUAACAGAGAUGCAUUGUUGUGACAACUUUGAAGAACUAGUAUUGUGAUUGGCCCUGCAUUGGAGACUGCUGAUUGGGAAGGUUGGGUAUGCCAAGGUCUACCUGAGACAUACCCUAUACUGUAUGUGUUUGGUUCUGCCCAGCAUGUGGGUGGUCUUACAUCUGGAGUGGCUCUUUGUUCCUGCCACCUUUGCUCCUCUCCGCUGUGUGGCAUCUAGUGCACACCGCUAGUAAAACAUACCUCCAAAUUUCAAAAAAUCCUCCAAUAUGUCACUGUAUGUUUUCCAUUUGGAAGAGAGACAGUGUGGGAGUCUUGUUGCUUAUGUGGCAGUUAAGUGAGGACAGUGUACUUGUAGUUCAUUUUGUAAACAACUGGGAUAUGUGGCUGUGCUUUAGAUGUCUUUACUGAAUUAUUUUCAACAGCUGGUUUGGAAAUCACAGGCUUACUGUCAUCAUCGUCAUACUAUGUCUACACUAGAAGAGUCCAAAGACGUGUCACGUUGCAGUGAUUUGAAACUACACUGGAAGCGUCAAACCUGCACGUCCUAUUAGAAUGAUCACUAAAGGGCAGUUCACAAAGUGUCCAUCUGCGCUGUUUUGGAAAAAAAAAAAUCUAUGUAAACAGGUGCUAGGCGGUCUUUGACUAUUGCAGUACAUCUUAAUUUGUUGCUCAGGAACGGCGCAUUUUUAAGACUCAAUUUCAAGUAAAAAGAACUCAAACUUUUUAAAACGCAUCUCAAGACACUUGCAUUCUGUUCCAUUUGUUGCGCUGUCUAGUUUUUUAGCACGAAAACAUGGUCACUGAAUCCCAACGGGUGCUACAGUAUAGACAGCUCCAUUGACUAUUAUGGGAGCGAUUAGGUUUUGAAGUGACACGCUAUUCGCAGCCAGUGUAGACAUGGUGUUAGUGAUGUUGAUCUGUGUAAAAAGUAUGGAAAGUAUAAUUGAUCAAACAAUUUUCUAGAUUUUUUCAUGUCAUUAAUAACAUUUGACAUACCUUCAGUAUGUACCAGUUCUGAAUAUGUGAAACACUUAAGUUUUUGAUUCAAAGAAUCUCAGACUAGCAAUACAGGGUAAACACUGCUUCUUUUUCAGACUGCGGUGUGAACACAUGAAUUGUUCUUUGAUCACUCUUGGUUUGCCUUCUUCAUUGUUCAGUGUUUUUUCUGACCCCAACAUCAUCAUUGAUAUCAGGUGCUGCUCUAGAGUUAGCUUAAACCAUUUUUAUGGGAGGUUCCUACAAACUGAUCUCUAGUAUCUUUGUGUUAUUAAUUUACUAUGCGUGGAACAUGUUCGAUAAACACAUGUCCUGAAAACGGUGCGGUCACAGGAGGUUCUAGAACAGGCUUUUAGACCCUUUGGAAACUGAUUCUCCACCUCUCUGUAGAUGUAAACAAGCAGUGCUUUUUGACCAUUGUCCAUGAUUCUUACUCUAUGCAUAUGUACCGGUGAGUCCUGCCUUCCUAUAGCACUGCAUGGACUCACCACGCUGCUCCUUCACCUCACUCCACUGUGACUAACAUAUGUAAUGUCCGUAACUUCUCCUCAUCACUGUCUGCUUUCAUUGUCAUAAGCCCAACAAGUAGGACAUUGCUUUUGAAAGGGCUAACUUUCUCUCACACUGGACAAAUGAACUGGAACCGCUCCUGGAAUAUAGUGCUUUUUAGUUUGGUGGACUUGUAGAGUUGGACCGCAGUUUGAGGACUCUAAAUGGAUGAGUCUGGUCCUCCACAUCCCUGGUGACAUUCCUGAUUGUUCUUUUUGUGACCUGUGGAAAAGAUGACAUCUAUUCUGAUUUCCCCCUACGAGAUCAUGUUGACAUGAUGUAUAUUACUUGAAGAAUUUUUCUCUUUUUUAUGUAGGUUUUAAACUUCUGGAGAGGGUAAGGAGUCGUUAACAUUCCUUUUAUUUGGGGAAAUGUAGUUUUCUGGUCAUUCCGUAGUUGUAUUGGAGACAUUUUGUACGCUGUUUGUUGCACAAACUUUUCAAGAAGCCUUCUGCACUGUGUAAAUGAUUACAUAGCAUGGGGGGAGGGGUGACAGUUCGAAUCAUGUUUUGUAAAUAGGUUUUCAUACAGCAAAACUUUUGAUAAGGUUUUAAACAUUUCUUGUAAAAAGAAGAUGUAUACUGUAUAUUAGUCUCCUGGACGAAAAAGAGUGUAGACCAUACAUGAAUUUAUUUGUUCUCAGAAGCACUGGAUUUCUUUACUACUUGAUUUAAACUAAAAUUAAUAAUCUGCCAAAGUGUUUUCAUUUUAUUGCUGGUUUUAAUUGUAUUUUUUGCUUUUUAACCGUAAUGUUGCAGAAAUAGAGUGUUUAAUUCGUGUUUGUACAUUAUUUAAUAGAUACAUUAAAUUGUAAUUCUAUUUAAUAGAUUAUUACACUCAGUUUUGCAAGAGAUUGUUACAUUUUAAUUUAUUGGUGCCUUGUUUGUGUUCAUGUAUAUUUUCCAGUAAUGUUAUUUUUGGUUUGUUUCUCUCGUGUCUGUGUCUGUGGGUUGGAGGUGUUGGGAAAAGCGAGGGGGUUUUAACAUUUGUUAGCAAAACUGUACUUACAUGGAAUAUCUGUACUGUAUGCCAAAAUGGUCUCACUCACGUUUCUAUGAAAUUCAAGCUGUUGAUAAAUAUCUAUAUUUAUAUAUUAAAUUGUUAAAAAUCCUGUU